AUGGUCUCCGCGUCGAGCUGCUCCCGCAAGACGAAGAAUAAGAAUGGCAAGAAGAGCAGCAAGCGCAAGCACGUGAACAUGCAGGCAAACUUCAACAAUGGCUUUGCCUGUGGAGACUUCCAUUUGCACAGCACCUGCAGUGAUGGCAAGCUUAAGCCCAGUGAGGUGAUUGCCAAGGCUGUGGCCAAUGGCGUGACUUUCAUGUCGCUCACAGACCAUGAUACAAUGGCUGGAGUGAGUGAGGCUAUUGGUGCAGCGCAGAAACAGGGCGUCUUGGUCUUCCCUGGUGUCGAGAUCAGUGCUGAGGUGAAAGGUGGAGAGAACCUACACAUCCUGGGCUAUUUCUAUCCCGGAUCGAAUAGUGUCGAAUUGGAGGAACAGCUGCUCAAGAUCCGUACGGGGAGGUACAAGCGUGGCAAAGGAAUGCUCAAGAAGUUGGAGGCGAUGGGCAUCAAACUCGAGUGGGAACGAGUACUGGAAAUUGCAGGAGAAGCGGCACCUGGUCGACCACACGUGGCUGAAGCUCUUGUGGAAGGCGGGCAUGUCGUCGACUUCCGCCAGGCUUUUGCACGGUACCUGCAUAAUGACGGUCCUGCGUACGUCGAGGGCGAGAACUUCCCACCUGAAGAAGCUAUCAAGCUUAUUGCUAGCGCCGGCGGAGUCUCUGUUCUUGCCCACCCCUGGUGCUGCAAGAACCCGAUGACGCUGGUUCCAGAACUGGCUAAGCUAGGCAUUCAGGGCAUCGAGGUCUUUCAUAAUAAGAAUAAAAUUGACAUGUAUGGCGCCUUGGCGAAGGAAUCCGAGUUGCUAAGAAUGGGUGGAUCGGAUUUCCACGGCAUAAACUCAAAGACGGAGCGUGAACCUGGUGCCACCCCUUUCCCGCGCCUGCAUGUGAAGCGUUUUCUUGCCCACGUUUUACAAGUGUGGGAGCGUCCGCUUGUAGAGCGAUUGCAGUCUAUUACAAAGUCCAUCAAGCUGGCAGGUCCGGGUGCAUGUGCGUCGGAAGAGUUGCUUAUUUGUAGAGAGCAAGAACCGCUGGCGCGCCGAACAUUAAAUGAUCUAGGCAUGACAGCGGAGAUAGUGGAGAGCCCAUGUAUGCAUGCCCGGGUCACCCUCAUUGGCAGCAUGGAUAGCGACAGCUACUACCAAACGAUUCGCGUUCACAUAUUUGGUAUCAAGGCCCAUCCCCAACGAGAGGGGGCGGUUACGGAUACAUUACCUGGUUCCAGAUCUCCACUACUUGUUCCUGUAAUAUUUGAUCAAGAAUCUCAGCCCAAUAUUUCCGUUUAG